CUAUGGUCGAAGUAACCAACACCUGCAACAACAUGCUCAAAAACUGGGUGAUUAGCCUGGAUGUCUACUUGGCCUCUCACCUUGUAGAAGAGUGUCAACGCUAGCCUUGGUCGGACGACCUUCGUGAAUUGUUCGUGAACAGCUUGAACUUAGCGGGAAGAACGGGCCGCAAUCAUCCAGCGUCAGUGAGUGUUUCAAGUAAAAGAGUUGGGAAAGAUGAAGUUCCCACUCUCAUCGCCCACUGAAACCCAUGCCGCUGCGGCAGGCAUAUUCCGUUCGGCUGCUAAUAGCACAAUGCGAUCAAACUCUCCACCAUGGUAUCUCGAAGAAUGUGAAACUGACGACGAGGACUUGGUCUCAGAUAUGAGCACGGACGGCGAUGAUAAUGAUCCUAUUGACCUCGAUGAGACCUUCACCAGGAACUGCAAGUUUCCAGGCUCGGUAAAGAUUGUAGUUGAGAGUACAACGUUCUGGGCACAUAAGGAAGUCCUCUACUUUGCUUCUCCAUUCUUUCAGGCGGCUUUGAGUGGUCACUGGGCUGAGACCAGCUCAGGAUCUAGUAACAGGCCGCAAUCCAUGUCAUCAGUUGUUACCAUCUCUCAGUCGCCAUCGGCUAUGCCUGGUGAGGCACCACAUCCGGAAGGUCCUACUGAGAUGACCUUUGCGCGAAUGGAGAAUGAGCCAGGAGAUGGCGAGGCCAGUGCGAGCGAAAGCGAGUUUAGUGAUGUCGGCGGCUCAAAUGAUCGUGACGUAGAAGCGCGAAAGAAAAGCCUUGACAGGUUGCGGAACUCUGCAUCUCCGACAACAGAACGCAAGAGCGUUGAGUUAGAUAAGGCUGGGCGGCGAAAGUUGGUUCCCCUGGAUACCGAUGUUGCGAAACCCAAGGAACAAAGAGCACAGGCUAAGGUGAAACGAAAACCGCAUACUAAUGGACCCGAUGCAGUUAUUGUGCUGAAGGAAGAAAAGGCGAGCGGCUUCCAUGAUUUCCUGAAAUUCGUUUAUCCCCACCUCACUUGUACGAUCACUUGGAACAAUGUGGAAUCCCUCAUGAACAUCUCUCACAAGCUCUCUGUUCCUUCCCUCCAACGAGAAUGUCGCACAUUCUUAUUAACACACGCUGCCGGUCGUCCUAUCAAAGCUAUGCGAAUUGCGGAGCUCUUCGAGGAGGAAGAACUAUAUCGUGAAGCCAGCCGGUUCGUAUUGGAUAACCCCGGCGGAUGGACAGAUAGUGAGAUGAGCAGCUUGAGUCAUGAGACGCUCCUUAAACUAGAGAAGAGGCGAACGUGGUUCUUGGAACGGGUACUGAAACUUGGACUUGUUCAAAUGGCAAAAGAGUAUCAAUGUUGUCCAACUUGUCCGGAUCCUGCAACUUGUGCUCGCUUGCUGGACGAGAAGUGGCGCCUUUCAUACCACGCUAUGUUCCGAUUUGGUCCCUGCCAACCGUCAAUGGUGUUCCGUUACCUUCGAAUGCUUGAAGGAGUAAGCCCUCCUUUGCAACUUACGCAUCUCAGUUGUCAAGCUACAGCAAAGGCAUUUGCUGCUACAUUGUUUGAUCGGAUGUUCAGUCUGGGAAUGCGAGGCAAUGACCCAGAAUCAGCACCGAUAGGCACACGCGUGGCUAGUGCCGUUGCAGGUGCUACACCCGGUCCUCGGAGACAUUUCCUUUAUUGCACGUUGAACUCGGAACAUCAGAGGUCUAAGAAGGCGCGAGAUGUAUGAACUUUGGAUUGCUGGAUUUUUCUUCGCCUUUGGGUUCUUUUGCUAUGUAUAUUUAUCUGCUUUGCUUUCUUGUGCAUGCAUCGCCACAUCUCGUUUCACUCACCUUUCCGCGUUCAUUGUUUACUUGCUCAUCCGGAAUCUGAUUAUUCGAGAUCACGAGCAUCAACGUACCUUAUACGAAAUCUGUGUAUCGUGAGUUGGGAAGGGUGCUAGGAGACGGAACAAUCGGUUGCACCGAAAACCAAUCUUUUUAGAC